UCAUACGUCUCCGAUAGUAUCACCGAUAUAUUAGGCUAUGAACCUGAAGAAAUCAUCGGUCAUAGUGUUUACGAACGUAUACAUCCGGAUGAAAUGCGUGCUUUUGCCGAUAUACAUUGGACUUCAUUCAAGACUGAUCGAGCUGCAGCGGUAACUUUCCUUCGGAUGAGACAUAAGAAUGGGGAAUACGUAGAUGUCUGUGUAGCUUUUUCUAUCGUUUAUAAUAUGACGGUAUCUGUGAUUUCCAGAGCUUCCGAAGGUCCUAGAGCUUUCGGUGCAAGAGUCGUAUUCGAAUUAUCUCCUUCUUCACAAGGACGUUCAAUCAUGACAGUCAAUAGAUCUUUAACACCGCAACCGAUCUCUUUCUCUGAUAUGAAGGAUUUAUCAGAUCCAGAACUAUACACCCUUCCUCGUCCGAGACAUAAACGGACUUUUUUCUUGUUUGAUAGGUUUACGGAAACUGCCAGAGUGAUGUUUGUCAGUAAUGAUGUGAUUACCAAGACUUCUUCUUUAUCAGGAAAAACCUUCUACUCCGUCGUCCGUCCUUCUCACAGACUAAAAGUCAAAACAGCCGUGGAGAGUUUGAAAAGAGAGAGACCUGUUGCAGAACCGAAUGAUUCAAGUCCGACUUAUCGUUUUGUCAAUUUUGACGUCUUGAAAAUCCCAGACUUACCACCUCAAGGUCAACUUUGGCCUUUGGGUACAGACGAAUCUGAAAGAUCAAUGCCAGGUCAAGAAUUCAUACCUGUCGAAGGAAUAUUUUGCGCUUGUAGUGACGGUAUGACUUGUAUAAUCGAUCCAUUAUGGAGUGUAGAUGAUGUGAGAUGA